UGAGUGUGAGUGUGUGUGUGUGUGUGUGUGUGUGUGUGUGUGUGUGUGUGUGUGUGUGUUCAUGAGGGUGUGUCAGCUGCUCAUAUAAAUUCGGUCACUCCCGUGACUCUUUCACUGCGGAAGCUCCUGUAACUGAAGACCUGUUUUCAAGAUUUGUGUCAGAAUGGAGCAUCUGUCGGCGGCGAACACGCGUUUUUCUCUCAGUCUCUUCCAGAAGAUCUCUGAAGGAAACGCGUCCUCGAAUGUCUUCUAUUCUCCACUCAGUAUCUCCGCUGCUCUCUCGAUGCUGUCGCUGGGAGCCGGAGGAAACACCGCAUCUCAGAUGUCCCGGACUUUGCAUUUUCCUGAAGCAGAAGGUGAAAUCCACGCUGGCUUCACCAAACUCCUGAGCGAACUCAACAGAGCUGGAGCUCCGUACGCACUGAGUCUGGCCAGUCGCCUCUAUGGAGAGCAGUCCUUCGCAUUCGUCGAGAAAUUUCUUAGUGACACAAAAACACUGUAUGGGGCUGAACUGGAGUCUGUGGACUUCAUCAGUAAUGCAGACGCAUCUCGUGUCAACAUCAACACCUGGGUGGAGAAACAGACUCAAGACAAGAUCAAAGAUCUGCUGGCCGAGGGUGACGUGGAUUCUCUGACCAGACUGGUGUUGGUGAACGCCAUCUACUUCAAGGGAAGCUGGGAGAAGAAGUUCACAGAGGAGCACACCAGAGAGCAGCAGUUCAAGAUCAACAAGAAUGAAUCAAAGCAUGUGAAGAUGAUGUUCCAGAAGGCUAAGUUUCGUCUGGCCUUCAUUCCUGAUCUGAACUGUCAGAUUCUGGAGCUGCCAUAUGCUGGGAAAGACCUCAGUAUGCUCAUCAUGCUUCCUAAUGCCAUGGAGGACGACACCACCGGUCUGCAGAAGCUGGAGAGUGCGCUAACCUACGAGAACUUUGUGGAGUGGACCAGACCUGACAUGAUGGAUCUUCUGGAAGUGGAAGUGUCUCUUCCCAGGUUCAGAAUGGAGGAAACCUAUGACAUGAAGGCUCUCCUGGUCGGCCUGGGAAUGGUUGACGCAUUUGACUCGCAGAGAGCCGAUUUCUCCGGCCUGUCCCCGAACAACGAUCUGGUGCUGUCUAAGGUGGUGCAUAAGUCUUUUGUUGAAGUGAAUGAGGAGGGGACGGAGGCCGCGGCAGCCACCGGAGCCGUCAUGAUGAUGCGCUGCCUGAUGCGUCCAGAGCGCUUCUGCGCCGAUCACCCUUUCCUCUUCUUCAUACGCCACAAUCCCUCCAAGAGCAUUCUGUUCUAUGGGCGUGUCUGCUCUCCUUGAGCUCCCAGCAUUCUCCAGGUUUCUGAGUUUGAGCUGCGAAGGUCAGGAUUCACAUCUGUGCACUUUCAAAGGUCAAAGGGAAAGUCCAGUUUUACCUGCGCUUUACUGCCUUUAUUCCUGAGUGCCUGUGUUUUUUCCUCUGUUGAAUCAUCUGGAGUCAAAUCCAGAGUAUUUAUGCAUUUACUGUAAGGGUGUAUGCGGCAUUGUGAAUAAACAACUUGUAAUUGAUCAAAAAUAAAAUGAAACCUGUGUUCAGCUUGAAACUG